AUGACCUGUGCGGCUAUUUCUAGUCGACAAGUUCCGGUGAGCAUGUGGGAAAAUUUCUCGUGUUGAUGACAUCCAGAGACAAGGAUCUGGGCAAGUAGCUAUUUCUCAUUUCUCGGUAGGGGUACCCGGGCAGGUUGCGGAAUAGUUGUGAGUCAGGCAAAGGAGCCGGAGCUGGCCGUUCAUGGAGGCAGGUCGAGACAUUGCUCGUAUUGAGAUGGGGGAUCUACGUUUUGAACAGGGCUGUGCUUACGAACAAAGCUCAAGUGAAGAUCCACGGCAGGCAUCCCAAAGGACACUCACGAACAAAGCUCAAGUGAAGAUCCACGGCAGGCAUCCUAAAGGACACUUCACUCACAGGUGCCCGAAGUAGCACCAAGCCCAAAAUUCACUAUGCCAACCUAGAUGCUUCCCAAGAGCCCCCUUCCAGUGUCGGCUGA